AUGCCUAGCCCUCCUCCAGCUGGUGUGUACGUUCCUGUACCGACCUUCUUCGUUUCCAAGAAAGCCGCGAACUACAACGCGAGUGCGGCUCCUCUCGACCCAGAGACACAGGCUGCACAUGCCCUCCAUCUUGCAAAGUCGGGGAUUACAGGCCUCGUGGUACUUGGUAGCACAGGGGAAGCUGUGCAUCUCACAAACAAGGAGCGGUUCGAGAUACUGUCUGGCGUUCGGAAAGCAUUUGACGACGCGGGUUAUAAAGAUUACCCCAUCAUCGCAGGUACAGCAGCGCAGAAUAUCGAAGAGGUCGUCGACCAGCUGAAGAGUGCGAAGGAAGCCGGCAGUCAGUGGGGACUUUGUCUUACACCAGGCUUCUUCUCGGGUGCAAGCUCACAGGAUGGUAUCAUACGAUGGUUCACGGCUGUUGCUGACCAGAGCCCUAUUCCCAUCAUGAUUUACCAUUACCCGGGAGUCUCCAACAACGUCAAGGUAGUCCCAUCCACCUACGCCGCCUUGUCGAGACACCCCAACAUCGUGGGAUGCAAGCUUUCUCACGGCGACGUAUCCUACCAUGCUCAAAUCGGUGCAAACCCAAAGAUUGACAACAAGCAUUUCCAUACAUUCACUGGGCUAGGGCAACAGCUUCUGCCAGUGGUCGUACUGGGCUGCGCAGGGACGAUCGACGGGACUGCGGGCUUUUUCCCCAAAUCAGUGGUUCAUUUAUACAAGCUUUCCGUAAAGAAUCAACCAACAGACGCGGAGGUUGCGGAGAGGAGACUGCUCCAGUACAAGGUUAGCUCUGUGGAAGAGCUUGUGGUCAAAUUUGGUACGGUUGGAAUCAAGGAGGCUGUGAGUAGGAUACUUGGGAUGGGAGACAGGGACGGGACCCGACUGCCGCUUGCGGGCGGCAUAUCAGGUGGUGACAACGAGUGGGAGGCUUGGAAAGAGGUAAUUGGCGAUUUGGAUGCCGUGGAAAAAAGCUUGUAG